GCUCGGCGGCCGAUUCCAUCAUCCUGAAUAAACAUCUCCCUAGAUCGCCCCCUUCCCCAAGAGUCACUGAAUUCGCCGUACGGAACUUCAUCGAGGCUUGAUUUAUUGCUGCUGCUACCCGCUGUCAAUUGGCCAUCCUGCGUUCGCUGUCACCCGCAUCAAGCUGAAAGGAGACUGCAACGGAAAAAAAAGAGAGAGCUUCGGGAGCUACUCGUUUCAUUGCCCCUUUUGCUUCUUAGCUGACUAUCGAGUGCGGCAUACGUGACCGUACAUUGGAGCGGACAACAUAUCGACGUGGCAUUCCAGUCCGUGUCCAAGUCGUGCGACAGAUUACAUCCCUUCUUCAUUCCAGGUCCCCAUCCCUUCCCACCACCCAGUCAGGUUUCGACUUAUCAGUCAUGCUACAAGACGUCGAACACCCGUCAUCUACAGCCACGCCUGCUGUUGACAGCCUGAAACCCUCGUCGCCCGCAAUGGCCCCGAUCGGGACUGAGGAUGGAAGCUGCCCGCCUGACGAUGCUGCUGUUCGACCGUCCCACCUGAACAUCCCUGCAACCUUAUUAGCACAGAGCUCGGAUACCGUAUCCCCACUACCGCCGAAACAAUAUCCUUCGCACGCGUCCCUCCACCGCCGGUCAAACACCGAGAUUAUACAGCGGCACGCCCCUCUUCCCUCCCGAAAGCUUUUCUCCGACCAGUCCAAAACAUUCGAAGACCUCGACAGCGCGAAACCUCGUCCCAACCCUUCGACUGAGAACACUGCACGCCGCAGGCUUGAGGAAGGUGCGAAACGUCUAUCUGGCUGGUUCCAAGGCAAAUCGCAGCCUGUGAAUCUGGGAGUGGGAUAUCAGGCCGACGAACUGGACGACGAGGAGGACGCUAUGGAGCGACGAGGUGCUCGUGAGCCGUACGUGUUGCCCACAGCUCCGACUGGCCUCACUAGCCGGGCACAGAAGCGGAUGACGGCACCUUCGCCCUUAAAGCAGGUCACUUCGUCGAGUCCGUUCUCAUUCUUCGGGUUGAAACGCCAAGGGGAAGCCAGGCUUGAGCUCCCUGAGCCUGCGCACGACGAGCUUCUGAAUCUCGACAUUAAUGCUGCUUUGUUCCCUCCCGGGUUCAGUGAUUUAGAAGGCCGGGACGCUUUCGACGCAUUACGGAGCAAUGCAGAUACCAUUCUCAGACGACUACAAGCUGCUUACAAGCAACGGACUUUUGCUUUGCACGAAGUUUUGGCCGACAAGAGCGAAAAGCAAGAGGAACUCGAGAUAACACGAACACGCAUAGGUAACCUGAAAAUACAACUGGACGGCAUGGCCGAAAAGGUCAUUGAGCAGGAGAAAGCCAUGAAGGCCAUGGCCGAAGAACUAGAGCAGGAAAGGCAGUUGCGUCGCAAGGAGGAAGAUGCGCGUCGCCGCAGUGUUAUGCUCAUCAGAUCAAGUGAUGACGAUGACAGCACAUCCGACCUUGCCGCGGAGCUUCAGACCCCCAAGCGUAGCUUGAAACGGGCCAGCAAUGGUACCUUUACAAGCGACUCCGGGUUUGACUCUGGAGACGAGAGUCUUGCGGAGAGUGUCUUCUCCCGGCGCGAGGUGCUCGAGUCACCCGCUUCAACCGUUGCGCCAUCCCCAAACAUCUCCCAGGUCACCUUGUCGACCCCCACAUCAGUACCUGUGAAAUCGAGUCCGAAGAAAGAGCUGAAACCUGCUCCGACCCCACCAGCGCGCCAAUCGACGUACGAUCGGGUCAUCAAGGGCCUCACGCCUAAGGGCAUCACAAGCUCCUGGAACAACUCCUCCAAGUGCAACAUUUGCCAUGGUGUCCCUUCCUCUGAAGCUUGGAGUGUCCUGGGCAUCCUCAAGGAGGAGAAUAGAGGCCUCAAGGAAAGGCUGGGAGAAUUGGAGAAUGUGAUCGAUGACUGUUUAUGCUUGGUUGGUCCCUGACCGUCAGCUUGGUUAUGGCUCUUUGGGGAGGACUUAUGUGAGCCCCGAGUAUCAUCAGUGAACAGAACAAGGAAGCUGCAUAAGUACAAGUUGUGUGAGUGUACAAAAGCAAACGAAGCUGCUGGCUCGUUUCUUGAUAUGUGGGAGGAUUGAGGCUACUAUAUGUACUAUUAUACCUUGCAACUGCACCUGGAAGGUCUACACAAUACCCUGUGCUGAAAGAUAGAUUACGAAUUUCAUAUAUGUCAAAUG